AAUGCCUUCGUUCCUUCUCUGACCUCUCAGCGAUUUCCGCUGCCUGCUAAAGUCGGUGUGUGUGUGUUGCAUGGUGGGACCGAUGGCCGCUUCAAAGCCCAUCGAACCGGGGGCCGGGUCUGGACUGCCCCGGUGGCAGCUGGCGCUGCUGGUCGGGACUCCUAUCGUGCUCGGGGUCGGAGCCGUGUACCUGUGGAGCAGGAGCCGGAGCCGGGGUCAGGGCCAAAGCCGCGGCAAAGAGCAGCCGAGUGAGCGCAAUGAGGAGAGGAAAACUCCCGAAGGCAGCGAACAGGACAACAUGAGCCCUCUGGAUAAGGCACAGGUUGCUAAAAACAGGGGCAACAAGUAUUUCAAGGCUGGUAAGUUUGAGCAGGCCAUCCAGUGCUACACCGAGGCAAUCAGCCUGUGCCCCAAAGAACAGAAGAGUGACCUGUCCACCUUCUACCAGAACAGAGCUGCAGCAUAUGAACAGCAGUCAAAAUGGACUGAAGUGGUGGAAGACUGUUCUCAGGCUGUGGAAAUGAAUCCGCGCUACGUCAAAGCUCUCUUUAGGCGUGCCAGAGCCCUGGAAAAACUAGACAACAAAAAGGAGUGUCUGGAAGAUGUGACCGCUGUAUGUAUACUCGAGGCCUUCCAGAACCAGCAAAGCAUGCUAGUGGCAGACAGAGUGCUGAAACAACUGGGAAAAGAGAAAGCCAAGGAAAAAUACAAGAACCGUGAGCCUCUAAUGCCAUCACCCCAGUUUAUCAAGUCCUACUUCAGCUCCUUCACUGAUGACAUCAUAUCGCAACCCCUUCAGAAAGGCGAGAAGAAAGACGAGGACAAGGAUAAGGAGGGUGAAGCUGCUGAGGUCACAGAGAGCUCCGGCUAUCUGAAGGCCAAGCAGUACAUGGAAGAGGAGAAUUAUGAUAAAAUCAUCAGUGAGUGCACUAAGGAGAUUGAAUCCAAGGGCAGACACACUGCCGAAGCUCUGCUGCUAAGAGCCACGUUCUACCUGCUCAUCGGCAAUGCCACAGCCGCCCAGCCCGACCUGGACCGAGUCAUCAACAUGCAGGAUGCCAACGUCAAGUUGCGAGCGAAUGCUCUGAUAAAACGUGGCAGCAUGUACAUGCAGCAGCAGCAGCCACAGCUGUCUACCCAAGACUUCAACAUGGCAGCCGAAAUAGAUCCUCGGAAUGCAGAUGUCUAUCACCAUAGGGGACAGCUGAAGAUCCUGUUGGACCAGGUUGAAGAAGCAGUGGCAGAUUUUGAUGAGUGUAUUCUGCUCAGACCUGACUCUGCACUGGCACAGGCGCAGAAGUGCUUCGCUCUGUAUAGACAGGCGUACACUGGGAACAGCCCAUCUCAAGUGCAGACAGCCAUGGAUGGCUUUGAGGACGUCAUCAGAAGGUUCCCAAAGUGUGCAGAAGGCUAUGCCCUGUAUGCACAGGCACUGACUGACCAGCAGCAGUUCGGGAAGGCAGAUGAGAUGUAUGACAAAUGUAUUGAACUGGAGCCUGAUAAUGCCACGACCUAUGUCCAUAAAGGGCUGCUGCAGCUCCAGUGGAAGCAGGAUCUGGACAUGGGCUUGGAUCUGAUUAGCAAAGCCAUUGAGAUUGACAACAAAUGUGACUUUGCCUAUGAAACAAUGGGAACCAUUGAAGUCCAGAGAGGCAACCUGGACAAGGCCAUAGAUAUGUUCAACAAGGCCAUUAACCUUGCCAAGUCUGAGAUGGAGAUGGCCCAUCUGUAUUCACUCUGUGACGCUGCCUAUGCACAAACCGAGGUGGCCAGGAAGUACGGGCUCAAGCCCCCAACAUUGUAACUCUCCAUCACCUAUCCCAACGUCUACUGCUGAGCCUGAGUACACAUCUUAUAUCCACGAACAUUUAAGUUUUUAUUUUUGUGCAAGGUGUUAAUCCAUUUUCACAAGAGAGAUGGGCAGAGUUCGCUCUGCAGUUAUGUUUACCUCAUUGUAAACAUUAGGGUGAUCGAAAGGUGAAGGGGAAUCCAAGCGGGAGUGAGCCAAGGGCGGGGGAAUAAAAGACGGGGCAAAAGAAAAACAGUUCUCAACUGCUUGGUACUCGGUAGUGAAAUCUAGUACCACCCUUCAUACAGCAUGCACACAACACUGCACUUAAUGUCACUCGUUAUGCGUCCUUUUGAAAUCACUAAGUAAUUGCAAGUAUCUUAAUAUCAAGCUAUGUAAAAACAAAUAGUGUUAUUAAUUUCAAACAAAUUCCCCAUAAAGGCUAAAUGCUUUGUUUGUUUUUUUUUAAUCAAGUCACCAACAUGUAUUUCAUGGAUAUCUGUGUGCACACUGUUGGAGAAAGUCUGUGUUUUCUGAGCUUUUUGCUCGUCAUUGUUUCAUGAAAAGUUUAGGAUGCAGUGUUUCAGUUAAGUUUUCUAAGCCAUGUGUAACAUGCCUGUUACUUGGUGUGUCACCACUGAUAUUAACACAUUGCAGUUCUUUGUCUUGGGGAAAUAAUUGGGCCAUACAACAAUUUCCUUUUAUUUUUCAAUAAACAUCCUGAUUUCUUUUUCUUUUUUAAAACUAGGGAAUUUUUUUCUUUUUAUAUCCUGUACAGCAUGAGUGUAAUUUCUCUAUAAAUAAAUAUGAAGGCUCUCUUGCAGUAAUAAUGCCGUCCAGUUAGUUGGUUUAUUGAGAUGAAUGUCAUAGGAUCAGCUUGUUUCAGUAGAUGUGAUGUAUAUGCUGUUUCAUGUCACAAGGAGAAAAAAAAAAAAACCCAAACCGGUAUAUUUCCACUAAACCGGUCCAAACAGUUGAAGAAUCUCUAACCUAACCUGUGCACCUAAAAUAUUAAAUUCAGUAAUUUGUCCAUUUAUUGAGCUGCAACAAUGUCGACGAAAAUGUAAAUGUACAUUCCCCAGUUUGCAACAUCCAGUUUUCUUUUUUAUUGCAAAAUAAAUUCCUGCUUCCUGGUCAACUGGAAUAUUUAUUUCACUAUUCACAGCUAAUAAUUACUGUCUUGUUGGCUUCAGUGUGUUAAUUUCUUUGUAAACAUCCUCUUUAAUGUGCAAAAUCCUGAACUCAACAACCUUUCUCAAGCUGGAUGAGAAACCAUGUCCUGAGAUGAUGCUACAUGUUGCAGCAUCUGAAGGGCUUUCACAGAUUUCUUUUGACCUGUAAAGAUCUGCAUUUUCAAAACAACAGUGUCUAAUAUUUGAUGCCCAACUUAUUGUAUUUUACAGCUGUAAACGAUGCUAAGGAGUAAUAGAGAUACAAGCUACUAUGCUACUUGUGAUUUAGCUUUAAGCAUUUAUGUUGGUUUAGAAUUAUUACUGUCAUUUAUUUCUGUAACUAUGAUUAGGUUGUUUAAUAUCAAGGGCCUGAUAUUCCACAUUCUGCCAAAGAAAAACCCCUCCUCUCUCUGCUGUGCAUAUUUGAAUACUGCUGAAGUUUUAAAGGGUGGGGGAGUCGAAUGCUGUAUGGUGGUAGCUAAUUUUCUGGUCUCAGGAUGAUAUGAUUUUGGGGGAAUGGGAAAUUCAUAUGCUCAUAAGUAAUGUUUGCAUUAAAAAGAUGGAAUAUGAAAGAUCCCUCUGCAUGUAUGUCUUAGCAGCUUUGCCUGUGUUGAGUUUGUUUGCUCUGGGAUGAGCCUGGAGUGGCGUUAAAUUGCCAAGCAAGUCAAAAGUUAAAAAGAAACAAAGUCAUUCCAGACUGCUGCAUGUUUGCAAAUCAUUUUAAUAACUCGGGUUAUUAACUGUACCUGCUUUAUUUGAACAUGUUGCAUUAAGGUGCUGCACCCAGUGUGUGAAGCCCUAAAUGAAACCUGUACUGCUGUACACAAGCUGUGCUCUUCGAGGUGAAAUUUCUCAGUUGGAAACAGAUGUUAAAAGAAAUGGUAAUGUUGAUAUGUGUAAUCCUAAUGUAACAUAAACAAUAAAGAAGUAUUGAAGUUGUG